CGCUCGACGCAGCAACACGAACGCCAUCUUUAGCUGACAGGCAAAACUACUGACGCUGAGUUGGGAACCGAAACUAGGUCAGGCGUUUUGGAAUACAAAACAAAUCUCGUCAAAAAAAAAAAAAACUUGCUUUAUAAGACUGCAAGUCGGUGUUUGCUGACUUUAAGCGACACACCGUGCUGUCCUAUGGUCCAAUGUGUUUGAUCGGUCGACCAGCUCGGACGCAGUUUUCUUGUGUGGGUCCUGGUUGACGUGGAUUGAUUGAUCGCCUUUUGUGGAUAAACAGCCGACAGAAGGCAAAAAAGGUGAAAGACAGGAUGAAACGUGCGCUGAAAGGCAAUAAGCAGCAGGAGGACGGAGGUGGCACCAGCGCAGGGUCUCAGGAGACUCUUAAACGGUCCCGCAAGCAGAGGAGGGAGAAAGAUUUUGAAGGAGAGGGAGCCCAGUGGGAGUGUCUGCCACAGGAGAUCCUGCUUCACAUCUUCCAGUACCUCCCUCUUCUGGAUAGAGCUUACGCUUCUCAGGUGUGUCGAAGCUGGAACCAAGCUUUUCACAUGCCAGAGCUGUGGCGAUGUUUUGAGUUUGAGUUGAACCAGCCAGCCAGCUCUUACCUGAAGGCCACGCACCCAGACCUCAUCAAACAGAUCAUCAAGAGGCACGCCAACCACCUGCAGUACGUCAGCUUCAAGGUGGACAGCAGCAGAGAUUCUGCAGAGGCGGCGUGCGACAUCCUCUCUCAGCUCGUCAAUUGUUCUUUAAAAACUUUGGGGCUCAUCUCAACAGCCAGGCCCAGCUUCAUGGAGCUGCCAAAAUCUCACUUCAUCUCAGCCCUGACGGUGGUUUUUGUCAACUCGAAAUCCCUGUCCUCCCUGAAGAUUGAUGACACCCCUGUGGACGACCCCUCCCUCAAAGUCCUGGUGGCCAAUAACAGUGACACCCUCAAGCUGCUGAAGAUGAGUAGCUGCCCUCACGUUUCACCUGCAGGCAUCCUUUGUGUGGCUGAUCAGUGUCAUGGACUAAGAGAACUAGCUCUUAACUACCAUUUGCUCAGUGACGAGCUUCUCAUCGCCCUCUCCUCCGAGAAGCACGUCCACCUGGAGCACCUUCGCAUCGACGUGAUUAGCGAGAAUCCAGGCCAACAGUUCCACAGCAUCAAGAAGAGCAGCUGGGACGCCAUGGUGCGACACUCUCCUAAAUUCAGCCUGGUCAUGUACUUCUUUCUGUACGAGGACGAGUUUGGCCCUUUCUUCCUUGAUGAAAUCCCUGUCACACAUCUGUACUUUGGACGCUCCGUCAGCAAAGACGUGUUGGGCCGCGUCGGGCUCACCUGCCCGCGUCUGGUGGAGCUCGUGGUGUGCGCCAACGGGCUGCGGCCGCUGGAUGAGGAGCUGAUUCGCAUCGCCCAACGCUGCACGCAGCUGUCUUCCAUCGGAUUGGGAGAGUGCGAGGUGUCCUGCAGCGCCUUCGUGGAGUUUGUGAAGAUGUGCGGCGAUAGACUGACACAGCUAUCCAUCAUGGAGGAGGUGCUGGUUCCAGAUCACCGCUAUGGGCUGGAUGACAUCCACUGGGAGGUAUCAAAGCAUUUAGGUCGCGUCUGGUUCCCAGACAUGAUGCCUACCUGGUAAAGCUCAGGGAGAAGUUUGAAGUUGUGUCCAAAAGUUUGAGUGUGUGUAUGUGUGCCACUUUGAGAACUAAAUGUAUUGCAGACGCGCCUCAUCUUUUUUUUAGUUCUUUCCCAGCCACAGUCUUUACGCUAAUCUCCCUUUCUGAAUGCACAAAAAAAUUACUUUUUUUAUUUGAAGAAAUGAAACAUGUAGCAAUGAUUGCAACUACUUCACACCGUUUCAUGUAUAUAAUUUUAUAUUUAUAUGAUAUUUAUAUCUAAAUGUAUUUCUCUCUUGUCACAAUUAGCACCUUUUACUCUUGUCUUUGUUUAGGUGCAACAUCUUUUAGAUUGGUUAGUGUUCGUGCAGAAUUCAGAGUAGACAUUUUUCCAGAGGAAAAAAACAGGCAUGUCAGGGAAUCCUUAAAAAAUGAAUUGACAUUUAUGUACACAUAAGUAAACACAAGAGAAUACAUAAACAUUUUGCCAUAUCAUGAGGAGACAUUUGUACAAGUCCUCUAAAUCAGCCUUUCCUAAACUUAGAGUCAGGCCCGUUUUUACUGGGUUGCCCCAAAGUAAAAUGCCUGAAAGUUGACAAACUAAUUAUCCUUAUUAAAAUAGAAUUGGUGUUCAUUUUUGCUACACAUGCUGUGUGUGGGGGGGGGGGCUGUCUCUCCUCCUUCUUUCCUACUCACACUGCUGGUCAGUGACGAUCUCACGGGCCCUCUGGCUUAACUGCGCGCUAUGCAGAGAGUGAGUGAAUGGUACAGUGUCUAUGAUGUCAAAGUAAAAAUAUAAGGAAAGAGUUUAUAAACCAAAGCCUUUUAAAGUGCAGAGGGAGAGGCCUCAGUGUGUUUCAUGAGGUGAGGUGCUCAGUACGGUCAUUAAAGCUGAAGCUCAAAACGAAGCAUCUGCAGCAGCGAGGAAAGUCAAAAUGAUUGUUCCUGUGAAAAGAAGAGGUUCAAGAAACAGUAUUUUGAUAUAGGAAAGUAAGUAGCCCAAGUAACGUUAAGUCAUUUUAAUGGACGCACAAAUGCAUAUUUGAACUCAGUUUGCCAUUCAUAUCCGCAUGAUUUCAUGUGAAUGCGGCUGAUUGAUUGAAAGCAUGUUAGUACCUUAACAAUUAGAGAGAAGAUAGCAAAAGAGAGGGGAGAGGGAGAGAGAGAUGGGAAAGAGGGCGUUAGAAAGAUGUUGUGUGUGUGAGUGUGACUAUGUGGUAAAGACCAGUGAGAGUGGUAACUUUUUAAAGAUAACAUCCUCUCUCUCAUCAACCAGACAUUUAAAUGGAACAGACUAGAGCAUUAGUUCAUAUUUAAAGAUGGUAUGCCAGUACAUGAUGUAUUUCUGUAAGUUUGGAUCUUUUCACAUUUCUCCAUUGGGUUUAAGCUGAAAAAGCUUGGGAGCCCCUGCUCUGAAUAAACAUCAGCAAUGUUAAACCUUAAGAGUUUGAAGACGGUAUAAAAGUAUAACUUUACUUAACAAGUCGAGUGCUGACUCAGUCGGACUAUAUCAGAAACAUUUACAAAUAGACUGGAUAGUUCAUCAGAAAACUUCAUUGAGGGUUUCAUGUCUAAGUUAUGAGUUUUUGUCUCCUGUCAUAGUUUUGAUGUUGGCUGGAUAUUUGUCUCGGUUUGAUAUCUUUAGAGUAUGUGUCCUAGUCACAGCAUCUUAUUCUGAAAAAACAGCAACAACAGCACUGCCUCUUCCUCUGUCCUGUCACUUUAACAGGAUUAAAGCUAAAGGCUUUAAUAGUGAAGGUGCUGCUCUUAUAAUCAUCUUAGUCUGGUGUACUGUACAUAUGAAUGAAUGUAUAUUUACAUAAAGGGUGUUGUUUUAACAUGCUUUUGUGUUUCAUGUACAGCAGCUAUAUUUCUGCAUUGUCUGACCCAUGUUUGGAAUGUAAUUCUUAAUAUCUAUAUUUCAAUCACUUUCUAUCUGUAGAGCAUCAAAUAACAAGAGUUAUCUGGUGACACUUCACACACAGAGCAGGUCUAGACCAUACUCUUUCUAUAUUCUUAUUGACUGACGCCCUUAUUUUCAUGAAGGACCCACGUUUAACAAAAUGAACUGCAAAGUCACAUGAGGAUGAAACACACUUUAUAGCAUAGUAUUUGUAGAUGUUGAUCGUUUUCAGUUUAUCUGUCAGUUUAAUAAGUCACCUUGAAUAUGACGGUGGACUUUUUCAUUUGUGACUUUAGACAAACUCAAGCUGCUUGUAAGCACAAACGUUCGACACGCUAAGCCAAUAGUUUACCAGAGAAAUAUUUAUUGUUGUUUAGCUUUUAUAAUGUACUUUGUGUAAAUGUACCUUAGCUGCAAAAUAAAUCAAUAAAUAUGAGGAGGAGGCCCCAUGAUGAGAAAAUUCAUUUAAAGUUCAAGUGUGGACAAAAAUGAGUGAUGUUUACUGAUGCUUUUAAAAACAUAAAAGAGAGGCUCAUAGUUUCACUUACAGCGGCAUCUUCUUUAUCUUUAAAGAGCAGUUUUUGUGUGACUUUAACUGAAGUUUCCAUGGCAACAUGAUUAAAGCCAGACACAUUUAAAUGUUACUACACGUCUGCAUAUUUUAAGUAUUACUCUCUAAGCCUAUCAUACAGAAACAAUUAACAUGGCCUUAAAUAAGGAUCUUUAUUUUUAACUGUAGUUCAUGGUGGGCUUUCAUUGUUUAUCCUCGGUCAUAUUUAUCUAUUGUAUUAAAAAAAAAAAAAAAGUAGGUGCACAUCAUCCAGAAACUGUGGUGUUAAUGUAAUUGACUAAAAUAAAAAAUGUAAAUACAUGCUGUUAAUGAGAUUAUUGUGGAGCAGUAGACAGGAGAGUGUGGGGCAGCUGAAUGUUGAUGUAAAUGUGUCGGUAUCAAAGUUGAUGUCUGACUGUCGUUUUAAAAGAAACGUAGUGGAAUAAUGUCCUACGGUGGACUUCUCAAGGAUGUGUUGGCCUGUGCUGAAGAUAACGUCCUUGGACUUGUGCAAUGAAAGAGACUGGAAAUCAUUAUUUGGUUAAAAAUGUAUGAUGGUUUUACAGGCUUCGUAUACACAUCCCUUUCUUUCUUUUUACAAAUGUUGAUUUAAAAAAAAAAAAAAAAGAAGGCUUUGAUUCACAACAAUAUUGCUUCUGUUGUCUCCCUCUAAUUUGUACCCAUCAUCAUGUCUUAAUCGUAUGUGUUGGACUUUAUCCUUUAAUUGUCAGAGCUUCUUUUUUUUGUAUUUAUAAAACCAAGCCCCCCUGCUGAUUUAUAUUUAUUGCAUUUGUAUUCAGUGCGUAUAGAUGGGUGUUGUACCAUUCAAAGAAAGGCUUAGUAAGGCCUGCUGUUUUUAUAUAAAGAGUACAGUGGCAUGGUGUUUUGAUUUCAGCUCAACAAGGCCGCUCUGUACCGAUCAGAUUUAUUGGACGGUAACCUGCUUGUACUUUUUCCAAAGAUGUGUAAUAUUUGAGUAAAGUUCAUAGCCACAUUA